CAUUGACACUGUCAAUGACAACAGGCUCACAAGGUUGCCAUAUCUAAAUGUCAGUUCCCACUUGUCAGCAGAUUGACAGGUCGUUGGAAUGCCUAAUGGGAAUUCAGAAGGAAAUAUAAUUUGUUUUCCCUAAAAAUGCAGGAGUCUUUAGAUGAUUACGUGAAAUUUGUACAAAAUGUGAAAUCCGAAGAAUCCCCAAUAGAAACUAAAAAAGAAUUGCAGAAUAAUGUUCAGAGGAAAAAGGAAUGUGAUACACGAGCGCAGCAAAUCGUCGAAUUUUCGGUGGAAGGUAAACUUCGCCCAGAAAUAUUUACUAAAUGUCUUCCUUAUAUUAACCAAUCGCACUAUCAAGACAUAGUGGAAGAAAGAGCAAUUUUAAAAUUAUGUGGCUAUUCCAUAUGUGGGAAAAGAAUUCCAGACAUGCCCAAGAAACAGUAUUACAUAUCUACUAAAAAUAAUAAGAUUUAUGAUAUUACAGAUCGCAAAAAUUAUUGUAGCAAUUUUUGUUAUAAAGCUAGUUUACAUAUAAAAAAGCAAAUAGAUGAUAGUCCAUUAUGGUUGAGAAAAUUAGAUGAUAUUCCAGAAUAUCAGUUUUUAGAAAGUGAAGACGGUGGUCUGCCAGGUGAAUAUGUAGACCAAGGUAUUUCUAAACCUGUAGCAGAACCUUCCUUCACACCAGUGAGUAAAUUUACAGAAGCAUCACUAAUAGAUAUGAUUCCUCUUGAAAAAGAAAAGCAGAGAGAACAGAAAAAGAGCAAACUUCAAGCUAAAAAAAAAAUAUCCAAGUUGGUAAAAAGACUGCAGACAAUCGCAGAAAACAUUGAAAUAAUUGAAGAAGAGGCCGAAAUAAUACAACCACCGCUGGAGCAUAGAGGUCUACAAAAAUCAGCAAGCCUCCCAGUCAUAAUCGAAAAUGAAGAGAAUAUCGACACCAAAAAUGAAAGUUGCGAGAACUUGAAUAGCUCCACUCCAGACAUAUCCAUCAAAUUUGAAACUAAAAAACUUAAAAAAAGGAGUACAAAGUCUUCAAGAGCCAAUCCUGAAGAUAUUUUGAGAAAAUCUGUAAAAGAAUGGCUCACUCUGGAUUCGUUGAUCUUCUUACACGGUAAAGACAAAAUCAAGGAGAUUCUAAGCGCCAAAAAAUUAGGUGAUUAUUUCGAAGAGUUAAACAUUGCUAAGCUGCAGAGGGACCAACAAAUCAAAUACAUGGAUAUCUGCAAGAGGCUACAUUUACAAGAAAUGGCAGAUGAAAAGUUUGACAGUGCCGUACUUGGGACUGGUCUGAAGCCGUUACCUGAUUACAGCAAGCUGAAACAGGACAACAAGGAACUGAAUCUCAAAGUGAAGUGCUUCUAUAGUGGAGUGUUGCACGAGAAGGAGGACAGCAAUUUUCCCACGAAAGUGAAUAAGAGUGACGGGUCGAAAAAUAAAGAUUCAGAGGAAGUACCUGUUGUGCUUCCAAUGGUUGACGGUAAUUCACAGAAAGAAUUGAGGAGGAAGAUCUUUUUAACCGCCAUUGAAAAAUCGAUGAAUCAAUUGCUGCAAAUCCUAAAAAUCAACUUCUUCGCUGCAGUUAUCUGUGACCUGCGAAGAUUGGUUAAAACCUUUAACCUGAACGCUGAUAAUAUAGUUUUCAAUGCUUAUCAUAGGCAUUUAAUAAGCAUUGUUCUGCUUAAGAUAUUAGCUGUUAGAGAUUCGAAUGUGAAAAACAUAUUAGAAGAAAAGUUUUCAGAGGAAUACGUUACCCUUCAAUUUUCCGUGUUGCCGAAUAGAGACGGAAUCAUUAGUGAGAUAAUAAAAGAAGUUUGUGAUGUUGAAGUGUUCAUUGAAAAUUAUAUUUUAUCGAAUUAAUGCGAUUAUAAGUGACUUAUAAUAAAUAGUAAUAAGAUUAAUUUAUUUUUUUGAAUGUCCC